AGUCGAGUGGUAGCGCGUCACUUGUAUUUUGCAACCAAAUUCGCGUUUAUCGCGUGCGCCAUGUAUUUAUCAAGGAAUUUAAUUGCCCUCACAUUUGUGGCGACACUAUGUCUCAUGCACCAGCAACAAGUCAAUGCAGCCAAUAUUCUAGUCUUCCUUCCUACCUUCAGUCCAUCACAUUUGGUCAUACAAAUGGCCGUGGCAAAAGUAAUGGCCGAACGAAAUCAUAAUGUCACAGUGGUUUCUUCGUUGCCUUUGAAAUCGGAAUGGUUGCAUCCCAGUAUGACCUGCAUACAAUUUGAUGCGGGUUUUAAGGACAUGGCCGGCGCUAUAACAGCCACUCAGGCCAGUGGCAUAGAAAGAUUGCGCAAAUCGUUUACUCUAAUGUAUCAUGUAACACAAAUGAUGGGUGAAAUUCUUGAGGACGCCAAAAUUCAAGAAUUGAUGUUUAAUCCAGGAAAUAAAUUUGAUUUAAUGAUCUUUGGCUACAUCUAUGCGGACUUCUUUUUCGGCUUGGCUGAGCAUUUCGAUUGUCCGGUAGCUCUGGUGUGGCCCAAUAUACCUGUUUCGCCAAUCAUGCAUUUGAUUGGCAAUCCCAUGGAAAUGACCUAUGCCCCAUUGAGUUUGAUGAAUCCGGUACCAUAUGGCGAAAGUGGAGGAUUUUUGUUUCGUGUGAAAAAUUUAUUUGCUGCACUUAUGGAAUUAACCAUGGUGAACAUAAACUAUUUCACCAUAAAGGAUAUCUAUAGCAAACAUUUCCACCACUACGCCCCCUUAGAGAAGGCCAAGCAGCGUGCUUCUAUGGUCUUAUUUAGUCAUCAUUUUAGUGAAAAGCCUGCAAGAGCCCUGGUACCAGCUAUGAUAGAAAUCGGGGGUAUUCAUCUCAAUGAAGAACCUAAACCUUUACCAAAAGAUCUUGAAGCAUUUGUCAGCAACGCCGAACAUGGUAUAAUUUUAUUUUGUCUAGGCUCAAAUGUCAAAGCAAGUCAUUUACAACCCAAUGCUCUGGAGAAGAUCUACAAAGCCCUUUCAAAGUUGCCUCAAAAGGUACUCUGGAAAUAUGAUGUUGAAACAAAUAUACCGGGCAAUUCUUCGAAUAUCCUAUUUCGCAGUUGGUUACCUCAAGGCGAUAUUUUGGGCCACCCUAAUGUCAAGUUAUUCUUUGGCCAUGGUGGUAAAGGUGGCAUUACAGAGGCUAAAUUUUAUGGUGUACCCAUAGUGGGUUUGCCACUUUUUGCCGAUCAAUUCAUGAAUAUGGAUGAGGUAGUCGCAAGGGGUUAUGGUUUGUCCAUAAAUCAUGAAGAAGAAUUGUCGGAAGAGGUUAUCUAUAAGACUGUGAAGGAAGUUUUGGAAAAUCAAACCUACACAAACAAUGUUAAGCAAUUUUCUAAUCUCUAUCGCGAUAGACCUUUGAGAAUAAAGGAUAAUGCCGCCUAUUGGCUGGAAUAUUUGUUACGCUACAAGGGUGCCCCUCAUUUACAAAGUCCUCUGAAGUCUAUGUCCUUUGUAGAGGCCAAUAAUUUGGAUGUCUUCGUAGUAAUAGGUCUAGUCAUUUAUUUAUUAUGGAAAAUUAUAAAAGUUUUCUGUAAAUUAGUGUUGAGGCUACUAUGCGGUAGAAAUGCACAAAAAACGAAAAAAGAAUAGAAUUUCUUAAUUUUUU